AUGGAGAAUAUGUUCGAUCAAGUCGAGGAGAACGCAGGAGCUUAUGCGGAAAUCGCCAAUGAGGGUGCCGGCCCUCUUUUCCGCGGGCUGUGUGCCACAUUUAAGAUCUCGAAGAAAACAAUUCCAGGAUUUGUCCCCGAGUGGCGAGACCACAUCCUUGCCCUGGCCCCUAACGGAGGGCAGAAGCGUAACGUGGAGAAGCUCUUUGACCGGGUGGAAGCCGGGCCUCUCAGCGGCCCCGCCCCCAAGAAACGUCGGGUGCAGCCCAGCGCAUCCUCUGACGACGGGAAGGACAAAGCGGGUCCGAGUGGUAUUUCCACCGUGGAGGCAGGGCCGAGUCAGGUUGCAGCGGCUGCCAACCAGGGAUCCGGUUCGACGUCCUCUCAGGCCAAGUCUGCGCUUGAGGUGCACAAGCCUAGGCGGCUCGAGUUGCUUAAAGCAUGUUUGGAGACGGGCUACGAUCGAAACGUAGCGUAUGUGAUGUCUCUGCUCAGAAGCUAUGUCGACGAGUUUGCACCUUUGUCAACAGAAGAUAUGAAGGAACAGCAGUUGUACGUCAAUCUGUUGUCAGAUUGUACAAAGCACGUUCAGGCCAAGACACCGGGCAUAGCAAUGUAUAUAUACAAGUCCAUUACAGGAGAAGACUCCGAUAAGCGGCUGCGCUUUUCCAGAAAGCACCUGGGCCUCAGCGCGCCCCCAUCUGAGUUAAAAGCUCAAUCAUCAGCCAGUCAAGGUUUCUUGAAUAGGCCCGCUAGACAACCGCUGCGCUUCAGGGGAGAUCUUCGUCAGCCUCGUCAGGGCCAAUUUUCACGAGGGCCUAGGGAGAGAGACGUGUGCUUCAGAUGCCGCAGGAAGGGCCACUAUGCACGGGACUGCAAAGAAAUAGUUUAGAGGCAUGUUUGACAUGCUGGCGACUCAUUUCACGGUCAAAGAGACUUUGGUGGUGGGAUGUAGUCGAGUAAUCUUAAUAUACUUCUUCAUUUUGAGCAUUUAAGUUUGUAGCAGUGAUAUGAUGUUAUUUACGGAAUUAUGUUUUAAUAAGUACUUGUUAGGUAGCUGUCGGCUCAGGGACGGCAUUUGCAUGUUAUAAUGGGCGUAUGCGUGGGCGUAUGCAAGGGCCUCAAUGGGGGAUAAGUUGAUGCAAGAGCUGAAUGCAGGAAACGGGGUUUCAGAGGGUUUCAGAUGGUACUUUUCCCAGUAGGGAAAGUGUUGCGAUAUUUGAUGUAUCGAGUUUACCAUGUUUGACAUUGUAUCUAUACUUGCAAGAAAUAAAUUAUGAAACGACUGUAUGGUCGGCUUGAAAAUGUUACAAUGAUUGUAUAACCCCAGUGCCCGAGUUUAGGCCUAGUGCUCUUUAUGAUUCAAUUUAGGAAUACAAGAGGUAUCUGCAGAUUCUCGGGAAGCAUAAGUGGGAGCGUUCGUCGGCGCAUCUCUUUGAUCCUGAAGGCGCUCAGACAAACAGGCGCGAGAGGGGUGUUUGCUCUUGGGUGGACAUAGCGGGAAAGGCUGCCUCAUUUCCAGAUGGAUCCGCCCCGAGUCCGGCAGAUGUUUUAUCCGGAGAAAGUGUGCCAAACUUUGAUGCGCUCCGCUUCCGUGACCCAAAUAUGUUUGUAGCGGGAGGUCUGCAUGAUCAACCAGAGUUAUGGGAAGAUGUAUUGAAAGAAUGCCCGGCCAACGGCCCGCAAGUUCGGAGAUGGCUCCGUGAGAAAUUGGACCUCUAUGAGUUCUUUCAACCUUUCCAGGGUAGCUAUAGAGGAAGGGAAUUCAACUCCAGUGUCCCUCCAGCCAUGUAUUUUCCAAACGCGCCUAUUUGCGAACGUUUCGUACCAUUUAUCAAUGAAACGAUAGCGAAGCGCAUUAUAGAAGGUUCCGUGGAAUUGUUGGGCAAGGUGGAUGAAGUCGACCCGCCUAGGUGCAUCAACGCUCUCUCUAUCGAACCAAACAAGCCAAGACUAGUCCUAUCAAUGAAAGGUCCCAACCUCUGGUGUAAGGACACGCCAUUCAAUUUGGUGCCUCUGGGGGAGAUUGUGAAGUCAGUCAAUAAGGGAGGUAGAUUCUCCGGUACCGACGAUGCACAAGGUUAUAAGCAGGUUCUGCUAUCUGAAAGGUCAAAGACCUUUUGUGGUUUCGAGUGGGCUGGAUUUUAUUUUGUUGACACAACUCUUCCUUUCGGAUUCAAGAAUAGCGCUUAUGUAUACUCCACCAUUGGGUUCUGUUUGUCAACAUGGUUGAAAAAUCGGGGAAUUCAUACAGAAAUUUGGAUCGAUGACCGCUUCAUUGGAGAAGCCGGAGGAGAGGGACAGCCCAGAUGUUAAGUGCUGUAUAUAUAUUUUCUUUGCAGGGCUCCAGCGGGUUUAUCGCAGAUGACGCCUACAUCAGGGCUGCGAGAGCUUUAUACGUGGUAUGCUAUAUGCAGUCGAAAUUGGGGUAUUUCAUCAAUCUCAAGAAAAGUCAGCUUGAGCCGGUGUCCACAAUGGUCCACCUGGGUCUUGGGAUAUGCUCAAAGUCCUUAUCCUUUUGGAUUCCGGAGAGAAAGAAGUGUGCUUUUGCUCAAGUAAGAGAGGAGAUUUUAUCCACGGGCUCGGUGUUCCUAAAGACCCUCCAGCGGUUUAUCGGAAAGUGCCAGAGUUUCGCCUUGGUGUUUCCGGCGGCCUCAUUGUUUGUGAGGGAGUGUUGUGCAUUUUUACCCAACUUAGACGACGUCAGUUCGAGGCCGAUUUCCCAAGACGUGCGAGACGAGGUUCUCUUUUGGCGUUUCGUGGAUUCCUUCUCCGAACCCAUCCCUUGGAGAGAUCAGCGCCAUUUGACAAUUCAGCUCAGCUCUGAUGCAUCCGGGUACAAAUGGGGCGGUGUGUUGGAGCUUCCGGAUGGAGAUGUUACCUUUGGUGACUAUUGGCCGCCGAGCGUCAAAGCCAUGACGGAUGUUUGCUACAAAGAGGCUCUGGCCCUAUAUCUUGUCCUGCUAUCAGUGGUAGAUAUGCUUUGGGAUAAAAGAGUGGAUGUGAAGGUGGACUCGCAGAGUUUGUAUGCUGCAUGGGCACGGCAAAAGGCAAAGUCACAGGCACUGGCCAGAAUUCUGAAACUCAUCUUUGCUCUCACGUUGGAGGCAAAUUUCGACUUGAAGUUGCAGUGGGUUCCGUCAGGAAUAAAUCGGGCCGACCUACCAUCGCGGGAGCUAUCCAAGGCUGACGCUCGACUCACAAAGUGUCUCUGGUUGUUGCUCCAAGCAGAGCUCGGAGGAAGAUUCGGUUUUUCAUGGGAUCUCAUGGCGCUUCCUUCAAACGUUCCCCAGGGCCGGGACGGCCGUCCUUUGAAGUUCUUCUCGAGGUUUCCAGUUCCUAGCACAUCUGGUGUUAACGUAUUUUCCCAGCAAUGCCCUCGUGGCGAGGAGUUGUACGUGUUCCCACCUUUUGUUCUUGUGCCCUCUCUCAUCAAGUUGUUUCUUGAAUGGGGUGACGUGGUCGUAACGCUGGUGGUUCCCAAACACCCGCACCCAAGGUCAUGGUGGCCAUACCUGAAAUCCUUUGCUCAGCAGUCUCUGCGCAUAUCGGAAGCAGGGCAGGUCGGGGUUCUCGAGUACCCAACGGGUGAAGGCUAUGUUAAAAAUACCGUGGGUCUCCCGUUUGAGCUUUGGGGUCUCAGAUGUUACUUCCCCGCUGAUGCCCGGGUUUCCAGAGGAGUCCAUAUUCCGCAACAGCAUUCAGUGCUCGUAGUCUCUGACUCCAUGUUCAGAGGAAUGGGCAGCUUUGGGUGGCCGGCUUCCUUGAGCAUUAGGCUGGUGGUUUCCGGAGGAGCUCGGAUGGAGACAUUAUGCAGAUCGCUAGCUUCGAUGAGCAAGGUUCAGAUGCCUGAGGUCGCAGUCCUUCAUGGGGGCAUUAACGAUUUUAGCAGGAGUGCAGAUUGCUCAGCUGGGGUCAAGCGGCUGUUGAGGGUCUUUGCCUUGGCGGCAAAACAGUUAUGUGUACAGAAUCCAACGGUCCGGUUUGUCCUGUCGGGAAUAUGCCAGACAAAGAGCAGCAGGGUCAACUGUUCCGUUGCCACUGCAAAUUCGGCACUGAAGGAGGCUUGCCAGGAAGCGGGUUGGCACUUCCUCUCAAAUGACCACAUAACUCAGCAUGACCUCGCAGACGAAGUCCAUUUGACACUGUGGGGCAGUUUGAGACUGCAUAGGCGUCUGCAGAGGUUUCUAAGGUGUCUUCUCGGUUUGCGAACGGGGGUCGACAUAGAGCUGGGCAAUUAGACAU